AUGAAUGGGAAAUACGAACGGAGGAACCUAGGGAAGGGGAUUAUGAUAAGGGUGGAAGAAAAGGUGGAUCAGUCAAGACAACGGAGGUCAACGAGAAAAGAUCAAGAUGGGCCAAGAGAUAAAGAAGGGGAGACGACAUCAACAAAAGCGCCGAGUCUAGUCAGAGAUGAGGAGGUCAAGAUCAGUGAGAAGAAAGCCAACAGUAGUGGAACAUUUCCAUAUACUAAAAAGCCAAGAAAAAGAUCAGAUCAGACCAAGUUCUAUCAAAGCCGAAGAAAGAAAGCCAAAAGCCAAGGGAGGAGAAUGAAGGCUAUUAAAGCCGAGAAAGCCAAAAGCCAAGAAAGAAUGAAGAAACUUGAGAUAGUGCCUAGUCGAAAAGGUGGUAUCUCAAGGAGGAAAAAGUAA